GGGAUGCGGCCUCGGAGGGGCAGAGGCUGAACCGCCCUGCCCGCCGCGCAUCCUCCCCGCCUCCGCCGCUGCGCCGGCCCCCCGUCAGAUUCUCGGCCCAGCGGCAGGAGGGAGGACGCUGACUCCGCGGCAGGAAGGUGAAUGAACUUAAUUGAGAAUGUCUGAAAACCUUGACAAGUCCAAUAUAAAUGAAGCAGGAAAAUCAAAAUCAAAUGAUUCUGAGCAAGGCCUUGAAGAUGCUGUGGAAGGUUCUGAUGAAGCUUUACAGAAAAAAAUAAAGUCGGGCUCUCCUAGCACCCAGAGAGUACAAAGACCUCACUCCAGUCCUCCUCGAUUCGUGACAGUUGAAGAACUUCUAGAGACAGCUAAAGGAGUCACUAACAUGGCCCUCGCCCAUGAAAUUGUUGUGAAUGGAGAUUUUCGGAUUAAACCAGUCGAAUUACCUGAGGACAGCUUGGAGAAGAGAGUAAAGGACAUUGUACAUAAAGCUUUCUGGGAUUGCUUGAGCGUCCAGCUAAGUGAAGACCCCCCAACAUAUGACCGGGCCAUCAAACUUGUUGGUGAGAUCAAAGAGACUCUCUUAUCUUUCUUGCUGCCUGGUCACACUAGACUGAGAAACCAGAUAACAGAAGUCUUGGAUCUGGAUCUGAUAAAGCAGGAGGCAGAGAAUGGGGCCUUGGACAUUUCCAAGCUGGCGGAAUUCAUUAUCGGCAUGAUGGGGACACUGUGUGCACCUGUUCGAGAUGAGGAAGUUAAGAAACUAAAGGACAUUAAGGAAAUUGUACCCCUUUUCAGGGCCAUUUUUUCCGUGUUGGACAUGAUGAAAGUGGACAUGGCAAACUUCGCUGUCAGUAGCAUUAGGCCGCAUCUCAUGCAGCAGUCAGUUGAAUAUGAAAGGAAGCAGUUUCAAGAGCUUUUGGAGAAGCAGCCAAAUUCCCUGGACUUUGUCACCCAGUGGCUGGAAGAAGCCGCAGAUGACCUCAUGAAUCAGAGGUAUAGAAAUGCCCUGCCAGCUGGGGGAGGGGCGGCUGGCUCUGAGGCCAGUCCCAGGCCAGACCCUGCUGCGGUCCAGAAUUAUGCGUACCUGAAGCUUCUGAAGUGGGACCACCUGCACAGACUUUUCCCUGAAACAGUUUUGAUGGAUCGUUCUCGCUUUCAAGAGCUGCAGCUUCAGCUGGAACAGCUGACUGUCCUGGGGGCCGUGUUGCUGGUCACGUUCAGCAUGGCAGCCCCAGGAAUUUCCAGCCGGGCUGACUUUGCUGAGAAACUUAAGAUGAUUGUGAAGAUUCUGCUCACGGAUAUGCAUCAGCCCUCCUUCCAUCUGGAGGAUGCCCUCACUGCCGUUGGGGAGAAGGUCUGCCUGGAGGUGAGCAGCUGCCUUUCCCAGUGUGGGUUCAGUCCCCUCACCCCGGACAAGGAGGCCGUGCUCAAGGGCCAGAUCCAGGCUGUGGCCAGUCCUGACAACCCCAUCCGCAGGAUCAUGGAUUCCCGAAUCUUGACUUUCUUAGAAACCCACCUUGCCUCAAGUCAUCAGAAGCCGUUGCCCACAGCCCCUGGGGGGUUGGGUCCGGUUCAGAAGGAGCUGGAGGAAGUCGCCGUUAAAUUCGUUCGCCUGGUCAACUAUAACAAGAUGGUCUUCAGCCCCUACUAUGAUGCCAUCCUCAGUAAGAUCCUGGCCACGUCCUAAGGCCGGUAUUACCCCCUUGACUCAGAAUACCUGUUCUCAGCUGUAAUGUUGCUUUGGAAAAUGGAUAUUUAGUCCAGUUGUAUUUAACAGCCCAGACCCCAAAAGGAAAUAUUGUGUAUCACUGUUGAAAAGACUUGAAAAAUGCACUGAAUUCUCUUUUGAGGGUUUGUAUUUAUGAGUGCAAGUUUACAUAUCAGAGAAGCUGUUACCUUGAGUGAUAAAGGAAGCCGCAGCUUUUAAACGCUGGGCUGCUGUAUUUCUCCACCCCGGCUCUAUUGUGAUUGCGGCUGCCUUGUCCCUCCCAGGAGCCCGGGACCUCCCUUCUGGGUCGUUUCUCUUUCAGACACCCAAGAGUAUCUGACAGCCACUCCAGAGUAAGCGAAACCAAGCCAUGACUGUGUUUAGGUUCCCGCCCCUCAGCCCCCACCCCUCGCCUCAACCUUAGGCCUUUGCAGUCUCACUCCUCCUCCCCACUUAGUGCUUUCUCCCCGCCUGGCCCAGCCGGAGCCCCAGAGGAGAGUGAUUUGAUUUUAAAAAGCUCAUUCUUUUAUACAGAAUUACUCCUGAGCCUGGGUAGCAGCUUGGGGACCUAGAGAAAGGAAAAUUCUGUGACUUUUAUGCCUUGAAAGUAAGGAAGAUUAUUUUUUUAAAAUAUAUAUUGGUGUAAUAUAAAAGAAGACGCCUGAAGUUGUCACUGAAAAACUCACUCUGUUAGAAUACAUAGGUAUAUUGAUUAGAUGUGAAUUCCAGAAUUGGAUUUAAGUUUUUUUCAGAUAAAAUAGCCUAAGCCUACGCAUUUGUUGGAUAAGGAAGUCAUAGAAAAUCCCUGGGUUUUUGAACCGUAUUUACUGAGGAACUUGGGUGACAAUAAUUCCUGGCAGAUCCUGUGACUGAAAAGGUCGCUUAGGUCUCGCAAAUGACCUGUUCUGCUAAAAAAUAAAAUGUGUGCACAUGCCUGUGUGCAUUUUAGACAGGGCCGUCAGGAUAGAAACAGAGCCGUGACCUAAGUUGUGGGGCCAUCGCUCCAACUGCCAGGACAGCAAGGGGUGAAAUCACACAAGGAAUCCCUUCACUGAAGCUGAUGAGGGCUGGGGCGGCUUGGAGGUUGAGAGACAUCCUCCCCGUAGACCGUCCAGAGCAGUGAGCGGUCAUGUGGGGGGAAUGUGAUUUCUCCAGAUAUUUGCUCCAGAUCGUGCUGUAGUGUUUUUACCUGCGGUCAGAAAUGUAGACGACAUGGUCGGAGGUCAUAUGAUCCAAGUUUUAGGCUCAAGGACAACAAACCUUCCCUGAUUUCUCUGGGAGGGGAUGAAAGUUCAAUAAGUAGAACUUUUAAAGAACAGCUUCACAUCUCGUAUUCAGUGAGGCCACCUCUGGAACAGUUUCUGGAGAUAAGGAGCCCUGGCAGCUGUGCUCCGGGCUCGUAGAGAAUGGGCUUCCGGGUGCAGCGCUCUUUUUUUUGCCUCAGCGUCGGGUGCAGGGGGGUGGAGGGUGGUCCCCCACCCCACCAGCAACAGGGAUGAGGGGGAGAGGAGCUUUACCCUCACUGAUGCGGGGGGGGGGGGGGGGGGUCACCCGCUCCUACAGCAAUUAUCCUCAAAAGUUCUUUCUGAUUUCUUGUGUAAAAGUUAACUCUCAGUAGAUUUUUUUUUUUCCCCCUCCAUGGGUUCCUACAUGCACAAAGUGAAGUUUGGACAGCUUGAAAUCUAGAUGCAUAUGUAACAGGGAGCGUCCCAGACUCCCGUGGUCCCCACUACCUCAGUGUCCACUGGUGGAAUUCUCCAAGAGCCAGAAUGAAGGGCAGAGUUCAGAAUCACGAUAUUCAUAUUGAAUGGUUUUGUUGUUGCUCUUUGAAGAUAAGUGAGCUAGUUUUGGUUUUGUUUUUGUUUUUUCCUGGGAUGUCAUUGGAUUAUCACUAAGGACAGAAGUUCAUAUAGUCACUCAGGAAAUGUUUGCUAAGCUUGUAACUCCCCCGCUACAGCUCUCCCUCUAAGACAAAAUACCUUUUGGCAAACUAUCCUUCAGGAUUGAAUUGGUUUUAUGUGCUGCGUACUGAUUGGAUUUGACAUGAUUUCCUGCCUAACAGGUUUAUGGAAAACAAGAAUCUUUUGUGAAAGUGCGAAGUUUAUUUGGCAGUAGUAGUACUUGACUCCAAGUAGGUAGACCUGAGCGCCUUUGAGAGUUGGGUCAAUAUCAGUAGGUCACUUACAGUGAAUGGUCUCCUGAGUGAAUGAAUGACUGUUUAGAACCUUGUUUAAAGUUGUCUCUCAGUUGAUUGGGAAGAUGGUGGGUGGGUUCUAAGUGUUGUUUUUUAAAUCUCAUUACUUCUAAAGCAAGCAGUAAAAUGUGUUUAUGUAACCAUAUAACCCAACUCUAGAUAGACUUCAGGGAAGAAUCACACUGAUAUCUUCUUGGUUAAUGCAGUGGACAGGUGUGUAGAAACUUUUUUCUCUAUGAAGAAAAGCUAUUAAAGAAUUUGACAUGAGAAUUCCUGUUGUGGCUUGGAUACUUGCCACAAGGGUUACGAACCUGACAAGUAUCCAUUAGGAUGCAGGUUCCAUCCCUGACCUCGCUCAGUGGUUAAGGAUGUGGCAUUGCCAUGAGCUGCAGUGUAGGUCACAGAUGCAGCUUGGAUCCCCUGUUGCUGUGGCUGUGGUGUAGGCUGGCAUCUGCAGCUGCCAUUUGACCCCUAGCCUGGAAACUUCCGUAUACUGCGGGUCCGGCCCUAAAAAGCAAAAAGCAAAAAAAAAAAAAAAGUUUGACAUUGUAGGCAUAUAAUAUGCACAUACUGACAGUUUUGAAUGGGUUAUUCAGCAGCUCUGUUUUUGUGGCCGUGUUUAUUUUAAUUUCUCCAAAGCCCAAAGAUUCCUGGGAAUAAAGCAACUACUUUUCUGGUGAGUUUCAAAGAGAGCAAAUAGGUGUUUGCUGUUUGAUUUCCAGUGACCUUUUGGCAUAUCCUGAUUUAUAUGUAUCUCAUUUGUAUUUUAAUUUUGAGGGAGGGUAGUAGAGUGGAAAGACUGGGAGUGUCAGGAAACCAGAGUUUGGGUCCUAUUUCUGUUAUGUGAUUAGCUGGGGCAAAUCAGGACCCAUUUCCAGUACUGAUGAAAUGAACAGACUAGAUUUGAUCUGUAAACGCCUUUCCAGUUCUGACAUUCUGUGCUAAAAAUGACUGAAAUAGCUUAAAUAGACUCAGCAGGCUUGUCCAGAAAGUUCCUGAUUUAGAGGAAAAAUCUGGGUUGAGUCUUUCCUCUGUUGCCUUCUUUCAGAUUGUGAUAUGGCGCCAGCCAUUCUUUCUUGGGCUCCACAUUCUCAUCUGUAAAACAGGAAUACUCCUAACUCACACUUCUUGUAAGGAUAAAAUUUGAUAAUGCUUAUACAUGAAAAAGGACUAUAAACUGCUUUAUUAGCAACAAAGGAGCACAUAUAACCCUCUGCCAGUGGGUGCACAUCUGUGCUCACCAUAGAUUCGACUGUCAGUGUCAAGCGCAUUUUUCAGGCCUAUAGCAAAGAUUUUCCUCCUGUCCUGUCCCAAGACUGUUAUUUUAUCAUCUCUUCUGUACUAGAGCUGCAAUCUUAUCUUGUCUGCCACCAUUCACCUCCACGCCGGUGACUUCUCCCCAUUUCUACCUCUUUAUUGUUUGAACUGAGUGCAUGAAUGAACAAAUGAGUGGAGGACUGAAUGGUAGUGGAUGAUGGGCUCUCAGACUCAUAUUCAAAGGCAUUGUCUCACUGAAAACAUAAUCUAAAUAAAGAAUUACAAAAAUGUU